ACAGUUUCAACUUAUGGCUGAGAGAGUAGGACACUUCUGUUUUGCCCUUUUGGCUUAUCAACUUGAUAAGACAGAUGAAACAGAUGAAGAUGAA